AUGGUUCCUCAAAAGUUACCAAACCUCAGGGAGUCCAUCACCGCCCCCGUUCUUCACAGCCAGACAAUAGACGACCUCACUAGACCAGCAUCCAGCAGUAAGAUACAACAGACCCCAGAUACACCACAGAUCCCAGAUACAACAGACCCCCAGAUACAACAGACCCCAGAAACAACAGACCCCCAGAUACAACAACAGACCCCAGAUACAACAGACCCCAGAUACAACAGACCCCAGAUAACAGACCCCAGAAACAACAGACCCCAGAAACAACAGACCCCAGAUACAGCAGACCCUAGAUACAACAGACCCCCAGAAACAACAGACCCAGAUACAACAGACCCCCAGAUACAAACAGACCCCAGAUACACAACCCAUAAAACAGACCCAGAUACAACAGACCCCAGAUACAACAGACCCCAGAUACAACAGACCCCCAGAUACAACAGACCCCAGAUACAACAGACCCCAGAUACAACAGACCCAGAUACAACAGACCCCAGAUGA